CGCGAUAUUUCACUUAUUUGUAUCAAGGCUGUCCACGGGUCUGCCAAGCUAAGCCUCGCUUUAGUUUUAGUAUGAAUUACGUUUAGUUUUGAGCUAAUUAGUGUGGUUUAAAGCGCACAAAUUAGACUGCUAGUGUUCCUUUUCCCCUUAUUUCGGCGAAUUUGAAGUUAUGUUAAUGUACACGGGUACUUGUCUUCAUAGGCCAGGACAUUUAGCAGCCAGCUCGGGCUAGCUUUGUGCUAGUUACGCCAACUUGCUUGCAUUGCAACCACGUUCACCUCACUUAAUCAAAUUUAGUUGUUUAUAACGACAUAAAGACUCCACAAAGAGCUUCGGAGAAUGCUUGCAACGGGAGCGGCUGUAUCUAAUGUCACAGCCCUGGCUCAGGUAGACCGGGAAAAGAUCUACCAGUGGAUCAAUGAGUUGUCCAGCCCAGAGACCAGAGAGAAUGCCCUGCUGGAGCUCAGCAAGAAACGCGAAUCUGUGCCAGACCUGGCACCGAUGCUUUGGCAUUCCUGUGGCACUAUCGCUGCUCUCCUGCAGGAAAUAGUGAACAUCUAUCCAUCCAUUAACCCACCGACACUCACAGCACAUCAGUCUAACCGAGUGUGCAACGCCUUGGCACUCCUGCAGUGUGUUGCCUCACACCCAGAGACACGGUCGGCUUUCCUCGCAGCCCACAUUCCCCUUUUCCUUUAUCCCUUUUUGCACACUGUGAGCAAAACGCGCCCAUUCGAGUACCUGCGCCUCACCAGCCUUGGAGUCAUAGGUAUGCUCUCCUCUCAUUGUAUUAUGAAAAGAGUUUUUAUCAUUCAAAGUGUGUGUGUACAGGUAUUAAGAUGUCUGUUUGUACUUAAUGUAGGUGCCUUGGUCAAAACAGAUGAACAAGAAGUGAUUAACUUUCUUCUCACAACUGAAAUCAUCCCGCUUUGUCUCCGCAUUAUGGAAUCAGGAAGUGAGCUCUCUAAGACGGUUGCUACCUUCAUACUGCAGAAGAUACUGCUUGAUGACACAGGGCUGGCUUACAUAUGCCAGACUUAUGAACGUUUCUCCCAUGUGGCAAUGAUCCUUGGUAAAAUGGUGCUGCAGCUCUCCAAAGAACCAUCAGCUCGGCUGCUGAAGCACGUCGUCCGCUGCUACCUUCGCCUUUCAGAUAAUCUCAGAGCCAGAGAGGCACUCCGUCAGUGUCUACCCGACCAGCUGAAGGACAGCACCUUCGCCCAGGUGCUGAAGGAUGACACCACCACCAAACGCUGGCUGGCUCAGCUGGUCAAAAACCUGCAGGAGGGCCAAGUGACCGACGCCCGGGGCAUCCCGCUGGCCCCGCAGUGAAGAAUUCACAGGAGACACAAACGGACUUGAAUUUGUAUUCUGUCACAUGUGGUGCUAAGACUGAAAAGUAAACAACAUGAUGGAAGAAGA